AUGUUGAGGUUUACUGAUCAAGUCACGUAUAGAAUGUUGAGUGUUACUGACCAAGUCACGUAUAGAAUGUUGAGUUUUACUGAUCAAGUCACGUAUAGAAUGUUGAGUGUUACUGACCAAGUAACGUAUAGAAUGUUGAGUGUUACUGAUCAAGUCACGUAUAGAAUGUUGAGUGUUACUGACCAAGUCACGUAUAGAAUGUUGAGUGUUACUGAUCAAGUCACGUAUAGAAUGUUGUGUGUUACUGAUCAAGUCACGUAUAGAAUGUUGAGUGUUACUGAUCAAGCCACGUAUAGAAUGUUGAGUGUUACUGAUCAAGUCACGUAUAGAAUGUUGAGUGUUACUGAUCAAGUCACGUAUAGAUCGUUGAGUGUUACUGACCAAGUCACGUAUAGAAUGUUGAGUGUUACUGAUCAAGUCACGUAUAGAAUGUUGAGUGUUACUGAUCAAGUCACGUAUAGAAUGUUGAGUGUUACUGAUCAAGUCACGUAUAGAAUGUUGAGUGUUACUGAUCAAAUCACGUAUAGAAUGUUGAGUGUUACUGAUCAAGUCACGUAUAGAUCGUUGAGUGUUACUGACCAAGUCACGUAUAGAUCGUUGAGUGUUACUGACCAAGUCACGUAUAGAAUGUUGAGUGUUACUGACCAAGUCACGUAUAUAAUGUUGAGUGUUACUGACCAAGUCACGUAUAGAAUGUUGAGUGUUACUGGUCAAGUCACGUAUAGAAUGUUGAGUGUUACUGAUCAAAUCACGUAUAGAAUGUUGAGUGUUACUGAUCAAGUCACGUAUACAAUGUUGAGUGUUACUGAUCAAGUCACGUAUAGAAUGUUGAGUGUUACUGAUCAAGUCACGUAUAGAAUGUUGAGUGUUACUGAUCAAGUCACGUAUAGAAUGUUGAGUGUUACUGAUCAAGUCACGUAUAGAAUGUUGAGUGUUACUGAUCAAGUCACGUAUAGUAUGUUAAGUGUUACUGAUCAAGUCACGUACAUAAUGCUCAUUUUUGAAAUGUACGUGCUCAAUGUGAAGUGUACGUGCUCAAUGUGA